AGAAGAAGUUAACUUUAUAAAAGAGAGUGCACAGCCUCUCACGAGUAGAAGAGCAGGAAAGAAAGCAUACACCCUUUCCUUCUUUAGCAGCUUUUACUCUUAAAAAGAAUGUAAUUCUCUGCUGCGAGGGGCAGAGCCCAUUUCAGUGAGACCUCCCUCCCAAAACUGCCGAGAUCCUCGGCUUCCACCCUGAGCAAAGCGGACGCCUUUGCAAACAGAGGACAAGGCUCCGAGGGCUCUGGCAGCGUGGGAAUAGCCAUGUCCACAGGGAAGGUCUUCUGCCUGGUGCUGCUGACCCUCGGGGUGUUGGCUGUAGUGGUUGCGCUUGUGGUUAUCCUGACUCAACCCAAGUGUGGUCCUCAGCACUACCUGCACGGUGCCGUGGCUGCUGACACCGAGACCUGCUCUCUCAUCGGCCGGGACAUCCUGAAAAGCGGAGGCACGGCUGUGGAUGCUGCCAUCGCUGGCUUGAUCUGCACUUCGGUGAUGAACCCUCAGAGCUCGGGCCUGGGUGGCGGGGUCGUAUUCACCAUCUACAAUGCCAGCACAGGAACAGUCGAGGUGAUCAAUGCCCGUGAGACAGUCCCCCGAGUGCCUCCGCAGGAUUUGUUGUCUGGCUGCACUGGUGGUUUCCCCAUAGGUCCCCGCUGGAUUGCUGUGCCGGGAGAGCUUCGCGGGUAUGAAGAAGCCCAUAAGCGAUAUGGCCGCUUACCAUGGAAAGCCCUGUUUGAACCAACCAUCAAGCUCCUUUCAGAGCCACUUGUCAUUUCCCCAGUUAUGGAGAAAAUUAUUCAUCACCCGGCCUUCUUCAGGCCAGGAAAGAACCUGUGCCCGCUGAUAUGUGACGGUCAAAGGUUUUUGAACAAUGGAGAGACCUUCAGGUGGCCAGCGCUGCAGCAAACAAUGAAAACUGUAGCAGAACAUGGAGCUACAGCAUUUUAUGAGGGACUGAUAGGAAAGGCCCUGGUGGAGGACCUUAGGAAGGCUGGGUCCAGCAUCUCACUGGAGGACCUGCAGGCAUACAAAGCAGAGGUGUCCCCAGCUCUGAAUGUUACCCUGGACGAUGGCACCACAGUGUUUUCUCCUGGACCGCCUAUGGGAGGUGCUGUCCUCAUGUUCAUCCUCAAGCUAUUGGAAGAGUAUAAACUCCAGGAAGCGUCACUGGCAACACCCAAGGAGAAGGUGGAGACCUACCAUCGCAUUGCAGAGGCCCUGAAGUUUGGCAAUAUGCUAAAACCCCAGAUGAGUGACCCAGCCUUCUCCGAAUCUCAGGUGACCGUGGGGGCUGUGCUGUCUGAUGAGAUUGUCAAGCUUGCCAGAGGCCGAAUAGAUGACUAUGGUGACCAUCCGCUCGACCAUUACAACUUGCUGGGGUCCAUCCACAACCACAGAUACAGAAGUAAAGGCACGAGCCACAUCUCUGUGCUCGCUGCAGACGGCAGUGCUGUGUCCGCCACCAGCACCAUCAACUUCCCGUUCGGCUCCUUUGUGUAUUCUAACCAAACUGGGAUCAUUUUGAAUAACGAACUUGCUGAUUUCUGCAUCGUGAACAGAAGCAUUAAACCAGGAGAGAAGCCUCCCUCGGCAAUGGUGCCUUCCAUCCUCAUCUCCAAAACAGGAGACAUGCUGGUGAUUGGAGGAGCUGGCGGGGCCUGGAUUAUCAGCGCUACUGCUAUGGCAAUUGUAAACAAGCUGUGGUUUGGCUACGACUUGGAACGUGCCAUUGCAGCUCCCAUCAUGCACGCUGAAGGGGACCACAUCCUGUUUGAGGACCAUUUCAGUGAAGAGGUUCGGAACGGCUUGCUGGGAAGGAGACAUAAAGAAAAGAAAGAGAAACUUGCAGUUAAUGUUGUGCAGGGAAUUUCCAAGGAAGGAAAAUGCAUCUCUGCUUACUCUGAUAAAAGGAAGCUGGGUAAGUCAGCUGGAUAUUAGCCUGAAACCCCAUCACAGCUCACAAAACCACAGGAGAUAACAAGAUUCAGAACGUGCUUUGGCUUGGACAUGCCAAUACUGCCUGUUCCCAUCAGGAUACCUCCUGGGCAAAACACCUGAUUCCAGGCGUCUGCCCAUCAUCUUUGGGCAAUACAUGGACAAGUCCACCAGCCUUGUUUAGCACUGCACCCUGCAUUACUUACGAGAUAUAUGGAAAAACAUAUUCGUUGAACACCUCGGCUAUUCAGAAAAAGAGACUAUAACAUGGGUAAGGAAAAUGGUUCCAAAUGCCCCUGAGAACACUGUGAAAUGCCUCAGCUGUGUCUUCCAUCCCUGCUGGAGAGACUCAGUUGAGAGCAGAAUUAGUUUCUUUUAGGCUGUUGCCAGAAUAAGCUGUUUAUUACUGGGACCCAGCACCGUGAAAUAAGGAACUGUUUUGGAUAUGAGGAUUAUAAGAAGCAUCUGUAAGGUCAGGACUUUACAAUCUUAAGCAUCCAGGCCUAGAAGGCAGGUUUGGAAAGAGAAGAGAGCAAAACUCCUCAAUUCCUGUCUUGAGUUUUCCAUCCAAAGGCGGCCUGCAUUUCCCCAAGCUGGCAGAGCUCAGCCACCAUAGCACAGCUCCUGUGCUGUGUGGAUGCAAAGGAUCCCACAAGCUACAAACUCCUGCACCAAAGCUUCAGGCCUGCACUCUGCUGGCUCUGAGCUGCCCAGGGGCGCUGAGAAUUCCCUGCUCUUGCGAUGCGCAGGCUUCUGCUUGAUUCCCCAGGGGCGCUUCUCCCUGUGGCAAGGGGAGUCCUGGUCUCUGCCCAUUCUCCUGCCCCAGUGCUGGCAGAGGAUGUCGUUUGGGAAGGCAGGUGAGGAUUGCACUGGAAGAGCUCUCGGUUUUGGAAGCUUUAUAACUUUCUUUAGGAUGCAGAGGACACGUGAUCAGAAGUGUUUGUGGCCUCGUGCUCAACCAGGACUGCUGAGAAGUGAUGCAGCUCUAUCAGACACUAGAGAAUCCUUCUCUCCCGUAGCCUAAGGAUGCCCUGCAGCUCCCUGUUUACCACCUCAAUUCUCCACUGUUCCCUUUAAGAUCACAAGGAUGAAACUGUAGGACUGCUGAAGAACUAUCACAGAGAGAGAAAGCUUCUGGGGGAGAGACUCUAUAACCUUGUCCUGCUCAAAAUGGCCAAGAAGACCAACCUACCCCCCAAAGCUUUUCUCAAAUAGUUCCCAUGAUCCCAAACAGCUCCAUUUUCUGAAAGCUUAUGGGCUGCACUUCCCUCCCACACAGCCGUGGCAAUCCUAGCACACAAACAAAAUCCCUCCGCAAACACUAUAACAAGUAUUUGAGCACACACUUUUUAAAAAUCCAAACCCAAACAAGGCCAGGUGGGUGUCAAGUCUAAGUUCUUGCUGAUGCAGCCUGUCCCAUAAAGCUAUCGAUUUGUUGCAAUCUCAGCCUUCACUUGUGUUUCAGUGUUGGGCUGAGUUUCCCUCUGCCGUUAUACACUGAGGACCAUAAUUCGACCACAGCUGGAUCAGAGCUUAAUGAAAGAGUGUUCCUGUGUUACCAGAUCACAGUCACAAGCAUUUAAUCAUCAUCUGGAGAACAAGUUGCUUGUGACCAGAGCCAGCUCCACUUGCUGCACCCUCUCUCUCCCUGAGUGGAAUUCAUGUUUAAUCCCCUGCGUCCAGAAAGGCUACUGUUUUCCAUCAGAGCCGCUUCCCUGAGCCCUGGACGUGGCCCAGCACCCUGUUAGCCAGCAUCACAGUGCUGGGUGGGAACAGGGCUGAAGUCUGGGAGGAGCAGUGUUUAUUGUCAGUUGGAAGGGGUUACAGUGGGGUUUUACCUCCCUUCCCUCAGCUACAGUUCCUGAGUGCACAGCUUCUAGAGUCUGACGUGCCACCCCAGCCCCAGAGUUGUCACAGGGGAAGCGCUUAUGGGCACAUGACACCUUCUGCAGCUCACAUUUUGGGACAAGGCUUGCAAGACAAGUUGGGUUGGUCUCUCCCCAUUCAUGCUCACACCAACAGGAGAGUAUUAUUUUUGCACUUGGUCCAUUUACUUGGACUUUCAAAGCGUCACUGUACAGAGGCUGCUCUUUUUUCUAAUGAAGUCUUUAUAUUUUUAAUAAAAGGGGUUUUAACCUG